AUGGCAGGACCUCUGAGCAUUGAGCAGAGCUCACAGAAUCCGCCUGCUCAGCCGGCAUAUGUAUUGCGUGGCCAUUCUGCGCAAAUCCAUGCCGUGCACUUGCUGCGGAAAAACAGCCAGUUGCUGACUGGAGAUGCCGAUGGAUGGGUGGUGCUUUGGAAUACCACUACCAAGAGACCAGAUGCUGUAUGGAAACCGCACAAGACUACCAUUCUAGGCGUCGGCAGCUGGGGUGAAGACAAGAUCAUCACACACGGCCGCGACAACAAACUCCACGUCUGGCAACUUCGACCCGAGGACGCUACGACCCUAAGCAAAACCCUACCAAUCGACGACUCCUCCACAGACAACCGACCUCAACCCUGGCUCCUCCACAGCCUCGACGUCAACGCCCUCAACUUUUGCACCUUCGGCUCCUGCCUUGACCCGAACUCCUCCGCAACUCCUCAUUCCCAGAACCUCCUCAUCGCCGUCCCUGGCCUUCAAGAUGGUCACAUCAACCUCACCUCUCUUCCCACCGAAGACCGCAUUGCCACCAUCCCCUCUCCAGAAGAAUCCAACACGGGAAUGGCAAUGGCCAUCCGGCUCGUCUUCGUUCCCACGUCCUCAAACUCAAGACCUCAACUCCUCAUCCUCGCCGGCUAUGAAGGCGGAAAUGUCUGCGUCUGGUCUCAGCCAAAGUCCUCGUCCAACACAGCGACUCCGCACUUCCAACUCAUCUACUCCCAAAAGUCUCACGCUCAACCUGUGCUCUCUCUCGACAUCGCCCUUGCGCAGGGCACAUUCUAUACUUCAUCCGCAGACGCCAUCAUCGCUCGGCAUCCGUUACUCCCUACAUCUGCGCUGUCAACCAAAGCCGUGCAAACGAAACAUGCAGGUCAGCAGGGCUUGACGGUUCGCAGCGAUGAGAAGAUAUUCGCCACUGCGGGAUGGGAUGGGAGGAUGAGGGUGUAUAGUGUCAAAACGAUGAAGGAGCUGGCGGUGUUGAAGUGGCACGGCGAGGGGUGUUAUGCUGUUAGUUUUGCGGAGAUUGUGGACGGAAGUGAGAUUGAAGGUGAUGGUCAGACUGCGCAGAUUGGAACGGAGGUGGUAGAAAGGAAAGCGCUCACGGUAGCGCAGAAGAGGGAGGAGAAAGCGAGGAGCACGCAUUGGCUGGCGGCCGGAAGCAAAGAUGGAAAGGUCUCUUUGUGGGAGAUUUACUGAGAUCGACUUUCUGCGAGAAGAAAGCACCUCAGCUGAGAGAGACACCUCGUGGAGUUGCGCCAUAUGGAAAAUACUCGU